AUGUCAAAUGAAAUUAAUGAAACUAAAGAAACGGUAGAAAAAAGACUUAAAAAGCGUAAUAUUAAAAGAGCGAAGGUGCUCGGGGCAUACUCUGAAGAGGAAGAUCGUCAACUUCUAAAUUUAUUUAGUCAAUAUUCAAAUAAAAUAAAUAAAUGGAGAAUGUUUGAUAUGUUAAUCAUUUGGACCCAACGAGUUCUCGAUAAGGAUCCAUUGACAGAAGAUGAAAAGUUAAAAAUUAACUCUCUUCAAGAUGACCCACCUUAUUAUAAAAAAUGGGCAAAAAUUACAGAAGAAUUGUCAAAAGAUAAGAAAUUUAGAAGAACUGAAUUACAAAUUAAAAAUUACUGGAAUGGUAAAGCUCGAAGCCAAGGUCGAAGUAUGGAACGCAUUCGUUCAAAGAUGAGGGUGGAUUAUAUUUACAAAUAA